AUGGAGGACAUAGGCUUCAAGGAUGAAGUGGAAGGAUCCGGGGCAAGGGGCAGCAGUGGAGAUGGCACAGCCAGCCAGAGCCCAGAGAAGGAUCUGGCUGGCAUGGAGAAGGAGGCAAGCUUUGUCACAGGUGAUGAGAGUGCUCCACCAUGCAAGACCCCACUCAUCUGCUCUGCAGAUGGCCUGGAUCAGGACACCUUUAAAAUUUGCAAGGAGUUUUUGAGACCCUUUAAGAAGUCCCUCAGGAAGCUGCAUUUGCCCCAGCACCUCCCCAGAGAGAAGAAAAUGAAGCACAUGAAGGAAAGUUUGACCAUAAUCGGAGACCGCAUCGAUCUGUUCCUCCAGCAGUACUGCAGAGCCUCAGAGGUUGAGCACUGGCAGAGGAUGCUGUGGCAGUUUGUCUCCCUCUUCUCACAGCUGGAUGCAAAGCAACUGCAGAAGCUGCACAGGUACAGCAAGAAGAACCAAAUGGCUAAGUUUCUGCAACUAUGCUGCCCUUCAGAAAAUCCAAAUUCACUGCCAAGCCCCAGAGAAAGGGAACUGGAGCAGCUUUACAUCAGCUGGGGUCUCUCCAGAGGUACAAGUGACCUACAGGAGAAGCUGGCUCAAAGAGACAGUCUCCAGCAACACAGCCACCAAGUCACCACCCAGCAUCAAGAAUGA